AUGUCGUCCGAAGCUACUUCCCCCCGUCAAUCUCAGCCAUUUCCUACCGACGGAGCCCUUCCCUUCUUCCUCCCCUUCAUCCUAGGCGUUGCCGCCCUAAAUCCGCCGCCCGACGCUGACGAUCACGAUCACCACAGCGAUCGGCUCGUCCUGAUCAACCCGAUCACUCAGACAGUGAUAAUCCUGGAUGGAUCGGACGCCUCAUUCUUACCCCCAAAAUCGGGGCGGCGGCCGGCGUCGAAGGCGUCGAUCGACGCGCUGCCGGCUGUAGAGGUGGCAAGCGAAGAGCAAUGUGCGAUCUGUUUGGAAGGAUGGGAGGAAGGGGAGAAGGCGAAGGAGAUGGCUUGCAAGCAUAGGUUUCACGGUGGGUGUAUAGAGAGAUGGCUGAAUGUGAGCGGCUCUUGCCCUGUCUGCAGAUAUGAGAUGCCGGAGGAGGAGAGAGGGAGAAGGGCUGGGGUUUGGAUGACCUUUAGUUUCGGCGCCCAAAAUCAAACAGAGGAUUAG